GUAUGCGUUUAGACCCUCUGAUGUAAUGGAUUUUGCUAAAUUCAAAGCUGUCUUACAGCGCUCAAACGACUGCCUUGAGAAGUGGCUUGCACUCCAGGAAACAGCAGCUAGGCUUUACUCUAACGCUGGAAACAUCCUAAACCGCCUUCCGAUCCUGUCUGAGCGUCGCAACUUCUCGGGCCUGCCCAACAGCGAGCAGUUGCAGCAACUGGUGCUGGCAAAGCAGCUUAAGGCGCUUGAAGCGGUGUUUGGGCGGAUACAGACCAACCUGUCGGAGGCGGAGGCGGUUGUCGGCACCCAGGAGCGGUUGGUGGUUGAGGCGUGGCGGUUGCUGGGGGAGGCUCCGGGCGCGGAGGCGUGCGCCGCGGUGCAGCCGGGCGGUGUGAGCGUUGCGCAGCUGGUGGAAUGUCUGGAGGAUGUGGGGCGCAUGUGUCGGGAUGACCUGGCCGUGCUGGCUGCGGCCCGCUCCUGCCUGACGCACACCACCAGUCCACAGGAGUUCGAGAGCCUGGAUGCGGCCAGGAAAGGCGCCAUGGGACUCCUGGUCGGCAGCUACCCAGUGAUCCUCAUGCAGAGCGCCGCGAGCGCGUUGAGGUGAUUACGAAUGCGUGGAUCCGAGUGUGAAGUUGAGGUUUGGCCACAUUCUCGCACGGAAGGAUGACGGCAUCGUAAGCACGGCCGGCUGGAUAGCGCUGAGCACCUCGCUGGGUGCGGAGGGCGGGCAGGCGGGUGUACCGGCAUUGGUAGGCAUCCAUGGCAGCAAGGAUACCGUUUUGUGCAUUUGAAAACUGUGGUAGGUAGCGGCAGGUGUGAUCCCUUACGACGGCUAGGAACGACAGAUUCGAUUCCGGUGGGUGCUGAUGUCGAGACCGUGUACCUGUACUUGCCUAAGAGGCAAGUAGUGCCUAAUACGUGUUUUGGGGCUUUUUAAGACCAUCACGGUUCACGGACUGUCUUGAGCAUGCCGCAAACGCGUGUGUCAGGGAAUCAGAGGGACACAGAUUACCGUACGCAGGUGGACCAGGCACCUCGCAUGCCCCCUAGGGCUUUUAUCUCGAUGGUUGCAUGGGGCGAUCAGUGGCCUGUGUGCUCAACGCCUGUACCGGCAACGUGGAGCGUUACCGGUAAUUGCAAGUCAUGGC